UUAUCAAACAACCGAAUAAGACAACAAUUCAAAAUGAAAUUCUUCAUUGUUUUCGCUGCCCUCUUCGCUGUCGCUUUGGCUGCUCCCGCUGAACACCACGCCGAAAUCGUCCGUCAAGAAUCUGAUGUUCAACCCGAAAGCUACAGUUUCGCUCUCGAAACCUCCGAUGGUACCUCCAAGAACGAAGAUGGUAAAUUGAAGGAUGUUGGCACUGAUCACGAAGCCAUCGUUGUUCACGGCUCUUUCUCCUGGGUUGAUGAGAAGACUGGCGAAAAAUUCACCGUCAACUAUGUUGCUGAUGAAAACGGUUUCCAACCCGAAGGUGCUCAUUUGCCCAAACCCGAACAUUAAGUGUUUGACUGAUAUUAAGUCUGCAGAAAGUUGAAAUAUUU